CCGCGUUACUAUACUCAAAAAUGGCGGGCAUCUGUUCUCUAUAAAACACGAAUAACUUCGCAAAAUCUCUUAUCUAUUGUACCAAAAAUCUUCGCAGUCCUCAAGCCUCCAUCUUUAAGGUUUGCAACUCUACUCAGUCGAAUUCUACAACCAAGGUGAUAUUUUGUACACCAACUGAGGAGAGAGGGGCAGUUCAACAUGUAUGGUCGCACGGAAACMGUGACUAAGCGAGAGGUGCGACACACACGCACUGUGAAUGGCAAAGUUGUCCAUGAUGAUUUUCAACAACACUCUGACAGAGAGGUUGAAUAUGAGUCUCCAAAACACCAAGCACUAGGAGGUCCUAGUUAUCACUACACCAAUGGUGCCAUCGACCAACCACACCCAUCCACGAGGCAACCCAAAGAAAUGAAUUUUGAAACAAAUUUUACGUCAUUGGAGCAAUAUCUUAAUGAAAGUCCUAAUGAUGAUUUUGGACCAACUAGUGGGCCUAAAAGAAAAAUAGUUUCUUCUGAAGAAGGCUCAGAAUCCAGUGAUCGAGAUUUUUCUGAUGCACCCCCUCGUGGAUCAGGUGUUAGCACUAGAUCAGGAUAUUCUUCUGGUGAAGAAGGCCCAAGGAGAAGAUUGAGUUCUGGGGCAGGAACUCUAAAAAGYUCAAGUGUUACAUUACCAAUAAGGUCAAAUUCAUUAUCAAAACCUGAAACUUCCUCAGUUGGAGAUCUUGGCGAAGUUGUUUACAACAUCAGUUUGAGGAUUGGAGAAGUAAAAGGAGACAGAGCUGAUGGUAAUGUUUACAUUCAGUUGUUUGGAGAGAAAGGUGACACAUCGAAGAUACGGCUUCGUUCAGCUGGUGAUGAAAACAACAGUUUUACAGAAGGAGACCUGUUCAGGUUUACUGUUAGAUAUAAAGAUAUUGGAAAGAUCGAUAGAAUCAAACUCAGCCAUGACCACAUGGACUAUGGAUCAGGAUUUUUUGUUGAAGAGGUUGAAAUCGACAUUCCUUCAAAUAAUGAUCAAUACAAGUUUCCUUGUAAUUUUUGGCUGUCACAAGAGCGACAUCAAGUGAAACGUGGAAGGAGUUUCUCAUCUUCAUCACCUGGUAAACUCUACAAUGUUGCCAUGCAGCUUGGUCGAGUCAUGAACCCUCAUGCCAAACUUUACCUCCAGCUAUGCGGUGAUUUGGGAGACAGUAGUAAGAUUGUCCUACGACCUACUGGCGGACCCACAGACACAUUCCAGGAAGGAAAAGUUUACAAGUUUUCAGUGGAGAUGCCAUCCGUUGGCCAGAUGCCACCCACACAGUGUCGGUCAGGCUGGGCGAGGUAUUAAACUACAAUGCACACCUAUACAUCUACCUGAUUGGAACCAGAGGAGAGACAAGCAAGGUGCCAUUAAGACCUGAUGGUCUACUGGAGAGAACCAAAACGUACCAGUUCCCACUAGCCUUGAAUGUGGACAUCGGAAAGAUUGAAAAGAUUAUCUUUGGUCAAAACAGCCGUGGUUAUGGCAAAGGUUUGUUCGUGGAAGAGGUGAACGUAAAGCCUACAGAUAGCGCUAAUGUUCACUUUCCUUGUCAAUGCUGGCUGGCGGAGGAUGUCUGGGACAGUAGGAUAGAGAGAGAACUUUUUCCUGGAAAACCUGUCGAAAGACCACCAAAUACGACGUACGAGCUGGUGUUCAAGACAGGAGACAAGCCACACGCCGGAACAGAUGCCAACGUGACGCUUCAGAUAUUUGGCGAAAAUGGACAGACUGAGAAAAUCAUGUUGAGACAGGAGGGAAGAACGAGAACGUUGAAGCGUUUCGAUCGAGGAAGAACAGAUAGGUUUGAAGUACAGACCAUGAACGUAGGCAAGGUGUACAAGGUGCGUCUCAGUCACGACAACACGAAUCCAGAUCCUGAAUGGUUCUUGGACAAGCUGAUGAUCUCAAUUCCAGAUAGAAGAGAAACGUAUCACUUUCCUGUUAAUCGGUGGUUGACUGGAGACGAAUCUGAUGCUCUUGUAGAGGUUGAGAUGGAACCAGCUCUUGUUGAACCAAUUGUAGUUAUUGAAAAAGAACUGCCAGUCCAAUCAGAAAUUCAUUUCCCAGAACCAGAGCCAGUAUUAUACACAGUAUCCUACAGGCUUGGACCCAUUCUGGACCCCUUCACAGAGAUCUAUCUCAUCUUCCACGGAGAUUCUGGAGACUCGCAAAAAAUCUACCUGCGUCCCUCGCAGGGUAACGAGCUAGAGAGCAACAAAGUAUACAAGGUUAUAACCGAGUGUAAAGAUGUUGGAAAGAUCCAUAGCAUGACCGUGGGUCAUGAGUCACCAGGCCCAGACAAGGGAGUCUUUAUUGAGGAGCUCGAAAUAUCAGCUCCUGCAGAGAAACCUGUCAUCUUUCCGUGUCGAUGCUGGUUGUCUGAAGACGUCGAUGAUGGUGAGGUCGAGAGGACACUGCGACCAGGAGAGACACUGACUUUCCCUUAUGAAAUUACAUUCACUCUUGGUGACGUUAUCGACCCCCAUAGCAAGCUGUACAUGAUGGUGUACGGCACGAAAGGAGAUUCGGGAAAACUCUAUCUUUCUCCUUCUGACGGAAGUGAGUUUGUCAAGGGACGAACCUACAAAGUCAUCGCAGAUCUACGAGACAUAGGAGAUAUUGAUGAGAUUCGUCUCGGCCAGGAAGGUGGCAAAGGUCUUUUUGUUGAGGAAAUAGAAAUCAAAGCUCCAAACUCAGAACCAGUGGUUUUCCCGUGUCGCUGCUGGCUUGAUGACAGCAUUGGUGAUGGAAAAACGAACCGAGUGUUGAGACCCGGACAAAGCGUGACCACGCCCUAUGAAACUAUCCUCUACAACGCGACCUUUGAGACAGGCGACGUACCUUUCGCUGGUACAGACGCUACAGUCUUCCUACAGAUGUUUGGUGAUAAAGGAAACACAGACAAGAUAGAAUUCCCUCAGGAAGACAACAAGUCUACGCGAUUCGAAAAAGGAAGAAUUGAUAAAUUUGCUGUCGAGACGCUUGAUAUUGGGGAUCUGACCAAGGUUCGCGUUGGCCACGAUAAUAAGGGUCAAAGCCCUGAGUGGUUCCUUAAACAACUGACCAUAGAUGUGCCUUCUAAAGACAAACGCUAUAUCUUCCCGUAUAACAACUGGAUUGCUGGAGACGACGUGGACCUAGAGCCUAUUGAUGAGAAAUCAAAAUCAGAUUUGUACACAAUUCUUUUGAGACUCGGGGAUGUCUUGGAUCCUCAUGCUCCAGUGCUUAUUCAGCUCCUUGGCGAGAAUGGUGAAAGCGGCCAAAUCCAAGUCAAACCAGGAGUAAGACCAGAAGACAAGUUUGAAAAGGGCAAAGUUUACAAGUUGAUUGCCCGUGUUGCUGAUAUCGGAAAGAUAAAAGAUGUCGUCGUUACUCAAGAUGAGACAAUACCAAGUGAAGGACUCUUUGUUGAAGAAGUCGAAGUCACGUCGUCCCGUGGUGAUCAUAUGGUUUUCCCAGUACAAUGUUGGACAUCACCUGAUAAAGUGCGACUGGAAGAAGAUAUUUUAUACGACGUUACAUUCAAGACGGGUGUCUUACCCGAGUCUGGUACAGACGCCAACGUGUUCUUCCAGAUAUUCGGCGACGAUGGAACCACAGAAGAAAUUCAGCUUCAGGAAGACAAAUCGCUUAAACUAUUCGAGACUGGCGGAAAGGAUAAGUUCAAAGUUGAAACCAAAGACGUUGGCAAAAUAAACCGUCUUCGAGUGGGUCACGACAACACAGGGGUAAGUCCUGAAUGGUACCUCCAGAAGGUCAACAUUGAUGUCCCUGAUAAAGACGAACAUUAUCAGUUCAACAUUAACCAAUGGAUAGGUGGCAGGAAYCCUGUGGUAGAGGUUGCCGCUGAACCAGAUCGCUCAGACAAAGUUCAAGAUUUGGAUUACCGAGUUACAGUCAAGACUGGAGACGACCCUCUUGCUGGAACAGAUGCCAACGUGUUCCUACAAAUGUUUGGUGAAGAAGGACAAACCAGCAAGUUCCUGCUGCGUGAAGAAGGAGACAAGAGUAGAUUCGAUAGAGGACGAACAGAUGAGUUUGCCAUCAGAACAAAGGACAUUGGACAGUUGGAAAGCAUUCGCGUCAGUCGUGAUAACACCGGCACCCGAUCUGGUUGGCAACUGGAGAAAGUCAGGAUUGACAUCCCAGAAAAAGACGAGCAUUACAUAUUCUACUGUAACAAGUGGUUGACAGACGCGUCUCCUGAUCUUGACUUUACAGCUGUUAAGGUAAAGCCAAGAGACCAAGAUGGGAUGUAUACAGUCGUAUGUAAGGUUGGAGAAGUGAUUGACCCUGGAGUGAGUCCAUACUUCAAGAUAUUUGGCGAAGACGACGAGACAGGAAAGAUAAUGUUGCGUGACGGUUACCCUACGCAACACACGUUCAAGAAGGGUAACACUUACAAGAUUUCACUCAAAAAUCCUGACGUGGGCCCGAUCACAAAACUUCGCCUCGGUGACAACGGAGGAGCAAGAGGUCGCACCAUCUUCAUCGAAGAAGUCACCGUCAUCGACAAAUACGGAGAAGAGGUUGUGUUCCCCUGCAAGUGCUGGCUUGGUACCGAUGAAGAUGGGAACCCUUUGGUACGAGAGCUGAUACCAGGAGAGCCAUACCCUGAAGACCUUGAAGAUAUUUUCUAUCAUUUGACUAUCAUGACUGCUGAUGUGCCCGACGCCGGUACUGAUGCCACAGUCUACUUCCGUCUGUAUGGAGACAAGGGAGAGACUUCAGACAUCGUCUUGGAGGACGAGAGACGAACCUUCAAGAAGUUUGAAAGAGGACGAGCAGACAAGUUUGUGGUUGAAACUGCUGAUGUUGGAAAGCUGAAUAAAAUGGUGAUCGGACACGAUAAUCGAGGAGAGGACCCUUCGUGGCGGCUCGAGGAAGUACACGUAGAUAUCCCGUCCCGUAACGAACAUUACGUGUUUAGAUGUGGCAAGUGGCUUAAGAUUAACAACAGCAAAGAUGAGACAGAAACUGUGUUGUAUCCAGACCCUGGCAAGGUUCUUGUGGAGGAGAAGAUUGAUGGAGUGAUUGAAGAGACAAUGGUACAAGGAGCUGCACCAGGAGGUUUUGAUUUUGAAGGAGACACAGAUUAUUUGGUAGAGUUCAAGACUUCAAACGAGCCAAAUUCUGGCACAGACUCUAAUGUUUACUUCAAGCUACUGGGUGAAGGUGGAGAAACGGAUACUGUGCAGCUAGGAGAUAACAGUGAUGGUAGUCACUUCCAGCCUGGACAGACAGACAAGUUCAACACACGUGGAAGAAAUGUUGGCAAACUGGAGUAUUUUCGUGUGGGACAUGAUAACCGUGGUCCUUCUGAUCCUAACUGGUUGAUAGAUGAAGUCGUGGUUUACGUGCCGGAUAGGAGUGAAAGAUACGUGUUUAAGAACAAUAAAUGGAUCGGUGAAAACCGCGAUAACCCUAUCGAUAUACCUCUAGAAUCGUGGGGCUACUGUCAAGUAGUGGGCCACGAACCAGACAUACCGGAUUUACUGGACUACAUGCAGUCUAGUGACGUCACCAAAGCUACGCAUGCGGCGUUCUAUCUUCAGCAUUUGUGUUAUAAUGACGAGAACGUGAAGAAUAAAGUCAGGAAUCUUGGUGGUAUACCAAUCAUCGUCCGUUGUUUGGAGCACUCAAAUGAGAAUAUGCGUUUUGCUGCUGCAGGUGUCCUAAGAAAUCUAUCAUACGGUGCCAACAGCGAGGAGAAUAAGCUUGCCAUCGCUGACUGCGGAGGAAUCGAGGCUUUGAUUCAAAUGCUUCAAAGAACGAGCAAGUCAGAGCACCGCUCCGUUUGUCUUGUGGUUUUACGCAAUCUUUCCGUUCUUGAGGUUCUUCGUCUUCGUAUCCUGAGGAUCUGUCUUCACAUCCUCGUAAUCGUCAUCAUCAAGACCUUCUCGAAAUGGGACAAGACAGUAGCACAACGCGAUCCCCCGAAAACUGAUGAACAAUGGUCUGAGCUAUUGGAGCAUGCGACAAGAAUCGUGCGCAACCUGUCAUCUGCUGGCGCAGAAGCGCGUCAAGACUUGCGCAGUGAAGAGCACCUCAUUGACUGCCUGGUUUGGAUUAUAAGAGUUGGAGUCAGGAAUAAGCGAUACGAUGACAAGUGCGUGGAGAAUAGCGUGUGUACGCUACGUAACCUCUCCUAUCGUUUGGAGAGUGAGCUCGACCGAGACCUCUAUGACGACGCUGAAGUCCAACUCGACAAAGCAACCGUCAAAGAACAGCAAUCCCAGGGAUGCUUUGCGGGCUGUGGAGGACGCAAGAAGAAAAAGAAGAAGCAAAAUACACCUAUGAACGAAGAAAUCCGCAGGGGACCCCCCACGGGACCUGCAUUGAUCUAUCAACCCACUACCGUACGCCAAUAUUAUGGUCUUCUAAGAAACGCAAAAAAUCCUGAAACUCUUGAAGGUUCGGCUGGUGCCAUCCAUAACUUGACUGCGUGCUCGUGGAAGUGGGCCAUUAAGAUCAGAGGUGACACAAGACGUGAGCUCGCAAUCCCAAACAUCAUCGCUCUACUAAAGGUAGACUACGAUCCAGUAAUACGAGCUGCUGCCAUCGCGUUAAGGAAUCUGUCUGUUGAUCCUGAAAACAAGAGAAUUAUAGGUGAAAAGGGCAUAGGUGCACUAGUAAAUCGUCUGCCCCUCGGAGAAGAUAGAGGCGAAAGACUCGUUAAGGAUGCGACAAUCGUGUCGAUACUCUGUGCUUUGUUCCAACUUGGGAAAAGAAGUGAGAAGAACGCGAGGUUGAUCAAAAAGACCACGGCAAUUCGUCGUAUCGUUCGCAUCGCAACCUCCAAAAACAAGUAUGAUGAGCGAGUUGUGCGAACAGCCAACCAGACGUUAGCAAGUCUGUGGGCGCACGAGAAUCUCAAGCAACAAAUAAAAAGCGAAGGUUGGGAAUACAACCCAGAUAACAAAUACCAAACAGAUUUCCCUGACGAACUGGAUAAAGUCUCUAUCCCCUCUACCCCAUCAGACAGUCUGAACAGACGAUGGAGAGACGACUCAUUCAGCAAACAAGAUCCAGAACUACAUCGCGUUCAACGCCAGCCUGAGUUGUAUCAACGGUCUCCUAGCAACGACGUCGAACAUCGUAGCAGUCCAUCAGUCGCGCGAUCGACCACUGACCAUGAGUACUCAAGUCGCGGAGGAAGCACAGCCGGAAGUAACGUUGAUCUGCUGGGGAGUGAGUGGUCCGGUGGGAGGCAAAGAAGCUGGGGGGACUCACUGAAUCAAGUCCCACCUCCGUAUCUGUCAGACGAUAGCAGAUCCGGCCGGGAAUCCAUUGAAAUGACGGACAAGAGUAAAACAUAUCCCAGCUAUAGUGGAAUAAAAAAUGGACAACCGAAAAAGAAGAUGGAAACUGUUGAAGACAACCCAAAUGAAUGGGUUUAAUGCCAUGUAGCGAGACAGGGAGCCCAUAACAGUUAAAAAAAUAUCCAUCAAGAGAGAGACGAGGAAUGUCAACUAGUUGUAUGGGUGUACAUUUUGAAGACAAUCUACUCUCCACUUUAAAAAGCUGCUAGAAUCAACAAAAAAACACUGGUUAUAUUUUCAACCUUUAGUCUCAAUUAUCCUUUUCUGAGUUCGAUGACCCAAAAGCGUUGUGUUCUACCUUGRUACCAACAUACCAUAUAAGGCAAGAUAAAUAUAAUAUGUUUGUUCCCAAGCUAUACCACAAUGCUUCAUGUUCGCUAUCUCAGAAAAGGUCUUUUGCUUUAAUUUUUCAUAGGCAUUUUCAACAUCAAWUUUUUUUUCUUUUCCAUUUUUAAAAAAUCUUCUAAAUUCGCCACGAAAACGUUCAGAUUAAGAAUUGUAGCGCGCUUAUCAGUUCAGUUUGCAUAAGUCGUGGAAAUUCGCACAAAAGAUCUUCUGGAUCAAUUUAGUAUCCCUAUUCCAUCCCAUGAAGCCUUGCGCAACGAAACCCCUACCAGUCCUUGAGUAAACUCUUCGUAAAGUUAACACAAAACAUACCAUAUUUGUAAAGACACGUAGUUCAAAGAUUUCCGUAGAAAAGAUGCGCGUUUAUCGAUAACCAAUAUUUUAAUGAAAAUAUGUUAUUGAAUUUAUGUUUUGAAAUUUUCAGACUUCAAGUGUUGGUUAUCUUAGCUCGCGUUUCUUAGAGAUUGCAAAGCAAUAAAUACUGUAAAAAUGACAGCAACUGUGUUUAGAGAAUCGACAGUAAAACUGAAAUUCCCGCCUUUUUUCCAAAGAAAAGAAUCCGCAAUUUGAAAUAGAUUCCGCAUUCUAAUUGGAUAGCAUUAGGUUCAAAGCGAAAACCGUUUGAAAGCCAACUUUCCAAACAAAAAUCCCUUUCUCCUUCGAUGUCUUAUUACCAUUGUUUUAAAAUGAAUGACGCGCGAUAAAUUUUCUGCCAUUAUCAUGUCAAACAAUUUAUGCUUUGAAAUAGAAAAGAUUCGAAGCACAAGCUCGUAAUUUUUGAAUAAAAAUCUAUCAAUAUCUUCAAUAGGAUUAAUAGGAUUAACAAUCUCGAGCCUAAUUGGCUUAUAGUUUUAUGCACCAAAGCAGGGAAAGGUUUUUCAUUCGCCUGUAUUUUCAGAUGCGCGAAGAUUUGUAUCCAACUUCAAUAGUUUUAUAAGCGUUUUCAAGUGUUAGAUAUCUUGGAACACACACCAAUGUAUUCAAAUAAAUUGAAAUCAUAAUCACUUGUAAAAUA